AUGACGGCCGGAGGAGCCGGCCGGCCGCGGAAAACCGGGAGCGAACGGAUCCGUGCCCAGCUCCCACGGCACGGCCAGAAGGAUGAGCCCAGGGAGAUGCCCAGACGGAGAAAGGAGGGGAAGAAAGUCUUCCCCCCAUCCCGGGAAAAUCCGGCCGUGGAUGUUUUCUCCCAGCAGAUCGCGGGCAUGGUGGUCCUGCAGUGCGUCUACGGCCUGGUGUGCCUGCUGGGGCUGCUGGGCAACGCGCUGGUCAUCUUCGUCAUCCUGCGCUACGCCAAGAUGAAGACGGCCACCAACAUCUACCUGCUCAACCUGGCCAUCGCCGACGAGCUCUUCAUGCUCAGCGCGCCCUUCGUGGCCACGGCGGCGGCGCUGCGGCGCUGGCCCUUCGGCCGCGCGCUCUGCCGGACCGUGCUGGGCGUGGACGGCCUCAACAUGUUCAGCAGCGUCUUCUGUCUGACCGUGCUCAGCCUGGACCGCUACAUCGCCGUGGUGCACCCGCUGCGUGCCGCCUCCUACCGCCGCCCGCGCGUGGCCAAGCUGGUCAACGGCGGCGUGUGGCUGCUGGCGCUGCUGGUGGCCUCGCCCAUCCCGGUGUUCGCCGGCACCGCCGUCACCCGCGACGGCCGCGCCGUGGCCUGCGACCUGCUCUGGCCCAGCCCGGCGUGGGCGGCCGCCUUCGUGGUGUACAGCAGCGCGCUGGGCUUUGUGCUGCCCGUGGUGGCCAUGGCGCUGUGUUACCUGCUGCUGGCCGGCAAGAUGCGCGCCGUGGCGCAGGGCGUGGGCUGGCGGCAGCGGCGGCGCUCCGAGGGCAAGCUGACGCGGCUGGUGGUCACCGUGGUGGCCAUGUUCGUGGUGUGCUGGCUGCCCUUCUACGUGGUGCAGCUGCUGGAGCUGCUGCUGCCCGGCCGGCUGGACGCCAGCGCGCACAACGCCUCGCUGCUGCUCAGCUACUCCAACAGCUGCGCCAACCCCAUCCUCUACGGAUUGCUCUCCGAGAAUUUCCGCAGCUCCUUCCAGGGCGUGCUGCGCCGCUGCCGCGCCGCCGGCCUGUGCUGCUGCCGAGGCGCCGACAGCGAGCCGGGGGACAGCGAGGACGAGGAGGAGCCCCUGGAUUACCGCGCCGCGCCCCGCGGCGACGCCAAGGGCUGCGCGUGUCCCCCCCUGCCCUGCCAGCAGCACCCCCUGCGCCCCCAGCCCUGCUGCGCGCCCGGGGCCCUCCUCCCCAAAACCACCCCCUUCUAGGGGAGCCCGGGGGCCGGGCCGAAAGGGGAUCCCGGACGGAGAGAACCCGCCGGGCCGGGGCCCGGUCGCGCCGCGCCGCUCUCCGAAAUAAAAAGCCAUAAGACUGGCCUGGGACGGAGCGAGUUCCGUGGAUUGAGGAGUGGUUAUUGCCGCGAUUCCGGCAGCUGGGAGCCUCCACCCGGCGUGGGGAGGAUCCCAAAACGUUCCGGAGAGUGAGGACCCCAUGAUUAAUAAACGAUGCGUUCCCGUUGCUUCCUGGGAGACGAGGAGACACACCGGGGAAAAUCCCAAGGGCCGUCAGCUCUGCUGAGUCCCCAGCAAAAUGAAACCCCGUGGAACACAACCCCCCUCCCCAAAAUUCCCAGGAUUUUAGCACGCCCCGGACCAAACUUCCACCAAAACAAACCAAACCAGGAGAACCGGGUUUUGGUGGGCUCAGAAGGCCGGGGUGAGGAACAGCGCGUGGGGGCAGCGUGGAACGAGCCACCUGCAGCUCAUUUGGGGUUUAACUUUGCCCUUGGAAUGCUGUCCAUUAUUUAUGUCUCAUUCCUUCCUUUUUAAUCCCACUGGGGAAGUAACCAGCCCUGAACGCUCCGGGGUUUUCCUGGAUUCCCGCAGGAAUUUUUGGGAAGGGGAGAAAGAACAUUCCCUGAGCAGUUCCUCUAAACCAGACUGGCAAAGCUUUAUUGGUGCCCACACGGAAUCUCCACGAGACAAUUCCAUCUGACAGGGUAAAAUUCCAACAAAUAAAUAAGGAUUUACAAACGGCCCCGGGGCGAGGGGGUGAGGAUAAAACAGGGAGUGCCGGGAAUUCGCGGGACUCCGACACCAUGAGGGAGGAAUUCGUGAUAAAACUCCGAAGUGGGAAUUUGAGAUUAGGAGGGAGGAGGAGAUUUUUGGGGGUGUGGUGGCAAAACCUCGGAUCCACCCAGGAACGAGCUGGGGUUUGAGCUGGAUAAGGAGGAAAGGUCCACGGGGAGCAGAUCCUGCAGGUGGGAUGGUGCCUCUUAGCAAGGUCUUUCCUCUCUCCAACCUCAUCCUUCCUUUCCCUUCCUUUUUCCUUGGAUAUUUUCCCAAGUGACGCCUUUCUAUUUUGUUAUCUCUUUCUGGAUAGUCAGGGAUAAUUAUGGAGAAUCGCAACAGCUCCCUCCUUCCCACUGCAGCCAAACUGUCCUAAAAUAAACCUGGCACAUCCACGGAUUUCCA